GUAAAAUGGCGUUUGUUUAGACAAUAUACAGUAUUAUUUAUACUAAAAACUUUAAAUGUAAUUUAUUUAUUGCGAUAUUUUUAACAAAAUGUUAUAAAAUAUAAUUCCUAUUAAUCAUAAUGCGGCACCGUGAAUCUGAAGUUCCUUCCGAAGAAAUUAAAGCAGAAGUUAAGAAUGAAUAUAAUUUAGAUAUUAAAGAUGAAGAUUUUGAAGCUUUUGGGCUUGGAAUAUCGUUAGAUGUUCCAUUAGUUAAUGGAUAUGAAAAGCAACCAAAUUUAACUACAGAAUUUUGUGAUAAUGAAGAUAGUUUGUUAGAUGAAUCUGUUUUUGUGCCAUCCUCGCCUAGAAAUUCACCAGUAUUUCGACGUCGUAGAAAAGCUUUACAACCUCAACGUGCCAAACAAAAUAAUAUAUUUCCUUUAGCUACAUUCCCAAGAAAUAAUUAUAAUUUCGAAGAAGACUCGAAUAAUUUCGUAGAAGAAGCAUUUAGUGAUGAUUCUCAAAAUGAAUUUAAAGAUAUUGAACAAGAAUUGGAAGAAGAAAUGGUCAGUAAUGAUGAUGAUGAAAAUAAUAGUACUAACUGCAAUGAUAGAAUAGUUAUCAAUCAAAAUUCGAUUUCACCUGGAUCACCUGAUCUCGAUUCGUCACAAUUUUCAAAUGAUAUCGAUUAUAAUAAUAUUGACGAUGAAGAACUUGAAGAUAUUCACACUUCUCCACCUGAUAUGGAUUCCGAUCACUUUUUUAAAGGAUUACGUGAAGAUGCUGUUGGAGAUAAUGAAGAAUUAGAUGAAAAAACUAAAAAAACAGUUGAAGAAGAAUGGCGUGCUCAUUGGGGUGUUAAAUGUAAUGUAUGCAGUGAAGUGUUUGCUGAAAAACAUGAAUUCGACGAACAUUAUGGAAGUGCAUAUAGUUUAAGGCCUGUUUAUACAUGUUGUUAUUGUGACAAAACUAUGAAUACUUAUUCAACAUUUCGAUCUCAUUGUUAUCGACACAUUGCAGAAGGCCGUUACAAGUGUAGUCAUUGUUCGAAAGGAUUCAGUCUUCGGAGUAUAUUACAUUUACAUAUUCUAGCUCGUCAUACCGAUAUUAAACCAUUUACGUGUGACGAAUGUCAGAAGGGAUUCGUCACACGAGCUGGUUUGAAUAUUCAUCUUAGAAAACAUCGUCAGAAUCAAAAAGAAGACUUCCCUUGUGGCGAAUGCGGCAAAACACUUCAUACCCGUGGAGGAUUAACCGCUCAUAUGAAUGUUCACAAAUUAGGUCGUCGAUUUAUGUGCGAUAUAUGUGGUAAAACGUUUACACAAAAAGUGAAUAUGCAACAACACGUCAAACAACACACUGGAGAACGACCCUUUACUUGUGAUCAAUGUGGCAAAAGUUUUGCUGAAAAAUCGCAUUUAGCUCGCCAUCAUAGCUUUCAUAGUGAACAACGACCAUUUGAAUGUAAUGUUUGUAAGAAAAUGUAUAAGACUGAAAGAUGCCUCAAGGUUCAUAGACUUGUACACGCUGUAUCAAGACCUCAUGUAUGUUCUUAUUGUAAUAAAGGAUUCCUUAGCAGUACAAAAUUAAAGCAACAUCAUAAUAUACACACAGGAGAACGUCCUUAUAAAUGUAAAUAUUGUGAACGAACCUUUACAAAUUAUCCAAACUGGUUAAAACAUAUAAGACGAAGACAUAAAGUUGAUCAUAAAACUGGAUUAUGUUUAGUACCAACACCAAAGCAAGAAGAUGUUAAACCAUCACCAACACCAACACCUGGUUCUGAUCACCCUGUUCAAAGUCAUCAUCAUCAUAGUCAAUCAGAACCAGAAUUGGAUCUAGAUCUAGAACUAGAUCAGAAUCAACUUGAACAAGCAACAACUAUUGAUACAGAUACUACAGUCAUCGAUUCAACAGAAAUGAAUUCAAAUUCAUUAAUGAUGGAAUCAUUAGAAAGUCAUGCAGCAGUCAGUCAGCAGUUAAUAAAUGAUCCAUUAUUACUGGAUUAUUCAAAGUUAACAACGGAUCACAAUAAUUUAUUAACAACAGCAGCAGCAGCAGCUAUUCAAUUAAAUGAAGAUUCAAAAAUGAAUAUGCAAACACAUUUAUUUCCACAAUAUGAACUUGUGGCCAAUACAAGUUAUGCAACAAAUAUGACAUUUAUGUUACCAUUUCAACAAAACAAUAUAAGUUUGUUGGAACCACAUCCUGCUCAUCAAAAUCAAUUCAUAUUACAAGCAACGCACCACAACUUGAACUUGAAUUUGAACCCAGAGGAACCACAUCCUGCUCAUCAACAACAAAUGCUGUUUCCUGAUCAUAUGCAUUUUUUACAUACGCAACAUAUGUUACAAAUGUGAUAUAUCGAUUCUUAAAAACUAUAUCAAAUAAAAAUAAUAAGUUCAAAUUAGUGACACAAGUGAAAACAUA